CUGCAGUGCAGUGCAGUGCAGUGCAGUGCCGUGCCGAAAGCUCACCUGUUGACUGCAAAACGAUCAAGCGAGCGAACCGUAAGCCGACGUGCCUCCUCUUGUCUUGUUUGAAUCAAACCGCGGCAGGCGGCAGGCGAAAAAACGCGUCCGUUGUCGAGCGCGUGAAAGUGAAAGCAAAGUGUUGCUUGUUUGCAGGUUGGAGGGAGCAACGAUGAACUUGUCCACAUCGGAGUGAAACAUACCUUUAACCGCAAUGCCUCAAAGCAACACGGAGAGUCCCCGAAGUCAGCGGUGCGAUGGGCCGCGUCCUCUGUGGAUCACACGUGUGGCCGGUAGCCCCGCCUCCUCGGGGGCGGAGUCAGACACUGAGAGCAGCAGCACAGAGAGCGAGAAGCCUUGCGUUAAAAGGAUCGAGGUGGGCUCGCCCAGGGUGGUGUCGUCGCCCUCUAAGCUCCAUCAGCGAAUCGCAGAACUUGACCAACAGAAGGAAGAGCUCAAGAUCGAGCUGCAGCUGGAGAUCGCCCUGCUGCGAGGCGAGCUGCGGACGGAGAAGACGCAGCUGCUCGGCCACACGCGCAAGCUGCAGGAGCUGCGGGAGCUGCGGGAGCCAGCUCGGACGAGGCCCGCCACCGCCCAAAGCCGGCAAACGCAGGAGCGCCAGUGUCUGGAGGAGGAGAGGCUGCGGGUUCAGGAGCUGAGGAGGAAGUGCGAGGGGACGCUGGAGUUGAUCCCGAGUCAGCCGGAGAGUCAGAGGGAGCGACUCGCGCUUCAGCUGCAGCACGACAAAGAGGCGAUGGAGGCGGCCGUGCGGGCCUUCGAGGACUGGGAGUUUCGUGUUCUGGAGCAGGAAAGCGGCGUGGACGGGGGCCAGGAAGACGAGGGCAGCGAUGAAGAUGGAAGAGCCGCCUUGGAGAAGGACAUCUCCUGCCAGCUGCUCGCCGUCAGCGCAGCACAGGAGCGAGUGCAGCUGCUGGAGACGCAGCUGAGGGACAUGGAGGGCGAGAAGGAGCGAGAGCUGGAAGCCUUAACCAAGCAGAAGCGAGACCUCAUGCACUCCAAUCACAUGGUCGCCCAAGAGAAGAAAUCCCUCGCCAAUUGCUCGGACGUCACCGGCUCCGCCCCCUGCGUGAUGUCGCUGUCACCUUUAAGCGUUCACAAGCCUUCUCAGGAGCCGUGCAAGGAUGCCGCCGGCACUCUUCCCCGUCGCCGGAGUUUGCACCGCAGCAGCGGCAGACUAAAGGAUCGGCCUCUUUCGGCCCAGGGCCUGGUGAGGACGCUCCCGGGCAGCGGGCGUCCUCCGGAAGGGUACGCCUCCCCCCUGGCCUCUCCGCCCCACAACGGGCACCCGGUGGCGCAGCGAGCCGACAGCGGCUGCGAGCCUUGCGACGGCACGGCAAGCUCUCGUGCCGCCAGUCCGUGUCUGACGGAUCUGGUGGAGAUGGAGCGCAAGUUGCGGGAAGCCAAAGCACAACGGGAGAGGCUGCUUAAAGAGAGAGAGGAGCGAAGACAGCGGGAGCUCAACUCGCCCAGACCCCAACCAGCAGAAGCAGAACCACAGGAGAACCAAAUCCGAUCUCAGCUGAACUCUCCCGAGCGGCUGCCUCUGUCCCUGUCCCCGGACUUUGACCUGCGCGCCCACGUGGAGUCUUUGGGUCACGGGGUGUCGGCCUGCAACGACCUGCGCCUGACGUCUCGCCGCUGCGCCGGCUUCCUCACCAAGCGAGGCGGCCGCGUCAAGACCUGGAAGAAGAGGUGGUUCCUCUUUGACGUCGACCACCGGAGGCUGGCCUACUACACGGAUUGUGACGAGAGGAAGCUGAAGGGCGUCAUCUACUUCCAGGCCGUGGAGGAGGUUUACUACGACCACCUGCGCACGGCCGCCUCGUCGCCUCGGCCCAGCCUGACGUUCUGCGUCAAGACGUACGACCGCCUCUUCUUCCUGGUGGCAUCCGAUGCGGUCGCCAUGAGGAUCUGGAUGGACGUCAUCGUCACGGCCACCGACGAGCACAGCCGCUAUUGAGCGCAAAGAGGAGGAAGGAAGGAAGGAAGGAAGGAAGGAAGGAAGGAAGGAAGGAAGACUGUUAGCAGGUGCUUUGCC